AAAUAUAUAAAAAAAGAAACAGCAUUUAUUUUAUAGACUUAUACUUCUUUUCGCCACCUAAAAAUAAUUCUUUUAUUUUUAUUUAAAAAAAUAUCAAUUAAAUAAAUUGGGUUACUUAGAAAACUAGAAAUGAAGGUGGAAAUAAGAAAAGAAAAGGUAGAAAUGGUAGAAAUAGUUGUUAGUUAUGAAAAAACUUGGAUAGUAAGAUGAUUCAUAAUUCAUGACCAGCUAUUUACUUUUCAGUGUUUUUAACUUAAGUAAUAAUAGAUUUUUUUUUUAUAUACAUAUUUCGUAUUAAUACAUUCAACACUAGCGAGCUCUGUACGAAACGCCGUUAGUCGCCAUUUUUCCCACAUCCAAGUGUGUCAUUGUAGUUAGAGAUGUGAAUCGGUCAAUAUCGGUGAAUUCUAGUUCGUGUUACAGUUAAUCCGUUUAUUAAAAAUGAGUUCCAAUGAUAUGCCCGAGCUGGGCAGUAAAAUUAGUUUAAUUUCUAAAGCCGAUAUCCGUUAUGAAGGAAAAUUGUAUACAGUCGAUCCCCAAGACUGUACGAUUGCUUUAGCUAAUGUGCGCUCCUUUGGGACUGAAGAUAGGAAAACAUCACAUCCGGUACCUGCUCAAAAUCAAGUGUACGACUACAUUUUAUUCAGGGCGACUGAUAUUAAAGAUAUAAGUGUUGUACCUCCUACUCAGCUUCUUUGUGAUCCAGCUAUUGUACAGUUAUCCUCAUCAAUUGGAAAUCGCUAUGGAGGAUCACAGCCAGGAGGUCAAGAUUAUCCACCAAUGCUCAGUGGACUAUAUGGACCAUCGGGAGGAGGUCAAAGUGGAGGCUUUAAUCCCAUGCAGUCAGGGCUUCACCCCUUGGCCUCACGACAGCAACCACAGAGUGAGUUCACAUCUAGGACACUAUCCAACAGCGAAUCUGUUGUAGAACUGUUAAUCGGAUCACGUAGCAGUACCCCUGGCCUUAGGAAACCUUCUCCUACCGUUGAUCAGGGAACUCAGGCGAAUGCCAGGCAGAAGGACAACAGAAACCCACAAAUGAUGGGUGGUCGAAUGAAUCAAGAUCAUAGAGGAGAUAACAAAGGUCGUCCGGGUCAGCCUUCGCAGCAGAGGACACGAACAUAUCAGCAAGUAAGUGCUCCAGAGAGUCAACAAGGAGGUAGCGGGGGAAGAGGUUGGCAGAAUCAGCAGCAAAAUAUGAACCGCCAACAGCACCCUCAGCAACAGAGAAAUAACCGUUUAAGGCUUGGAGGAGGGAGACAGUUCGCUCGAGCUCCAGGCCCUCGACCGAAAUCACAGCCUACCCAACCUCUCAAAUUUGAAUCAGAUUACGACUUCGACAAGGCUAAUUCUGAAUUUGAGGAGCUUAAGUCUGAAAUUUCAAAACUAAAAUUGAAUGAUAAUGGUGAAGCUCCAGCUCCACUAAUGAAUGGUGAUUCCGAUAAAAAGGAUGAUUCAGGCACUGAAACUGCCAUUGUAACGGAUACCGAAGGUGAUGAACAAUAUUUUUAUAACAAGAGCAAAUCUUUCUUCGAUAAUAUCAGUUGUGAAGCUAUUGAAAGGAGCAAAGGACGAUCUCAAAGGACAGAUUGGAGAAAAGAAAGAAUGUUGAAUUCGGAAACAUUUGGUGUAGCCACUGCCAGGAGGGGUAACUACAGAGGUGGUAGGGGCGGUGGUGGCUUCUUCUUUGGAGGUGGAGGAAGAGGAGGAGGUGGCUACUACCAAAGAGGUUACAGGGGCCAGCAGGGUCAACGCUACAGGUCUAGCAAGUCUCCUGCUCAGCGUCAACCGCAGCAAACCCAGGUCGCUAGUACAUAAUGGUUUCAGAAGAAAUUUCUAGACCACGAUGACCCUGAAGAGAUUUAGGUCAGAACGAGGAGUAGGAGAUGGAAGUUCUCAUUUCAGUUAAUUAUACUUAAAAAAAAAAAAAAAAAAGGAAAAAAAGAAAGUUUUUGGAAAGUUUCCAAGAUGAAAAUUUAGGUUUUACUUUAGAAGUGGACAAUAAUGAACCGUGUGUAUGUAGUGUAUGUUAAAAGUCGUGCUAGUGGUCUAUAUUUUUGAAUUGAGCCGUUCAUAAGCAUUCCUCAUGGUCACUUGGUUUGAGCUAUUUGUUGGCUGUACAGCUUGGGAGAGUUAUAGUAGGGAUCCUGUCAAGGAAGAAGUUGGUUACUGUGAACCAGGAGGAUUCAGCAUGGCUGCUGUUGUACAAAUUGCUUGACCAGCAUCGACUCCUAGCGAAACCGAAGAGUAGUUAACCUUACGGAGGGAAGAUAUCUUCAACAGAGCAGUUUAAUUAUUAUUAUUAUUAUUAAGUCUCAUAAGUUCUGGGACAUUUUGUGUAAUGUAAUAUUGUGAUUUUAAUAUUCUGUGGUAUGACUUAAAAUUAGCUUUAAUCUUUUAAUGUAUGGGAUUAUAGUACAUCAUUUAAAAAUGUUAUAUGUACAAGAUUCUUUUAAUAAGAGGGCUAAAAGUAGAUUUAUUUUUUCUAAAUAAGAACUAUCAUUUUCUUUUCUUUUUUAAAUUAAAUAAUUAACUGUAUGGUAAUAAAGGGCAGAAAUUUAAUUUAUGGAACUAAUUGUGCAUGGCUGAAUUAAUCAAAAGCAUGCUUUUCUUUUUUUUUUUUCCUCCCCCCCCCUUUCUUAGUUUUAUAAUCUUUUUUUUUUUCUUAAAAAAAUAUUAUAAAAGGUAGUCCUUUAUUGUUAAAAUUGAAGAUUGUGAUUAUUUCAUGGAGUUACCAUUUCCAAAUGAAUUAAUUUUAUUUCUCUUUUACUACUUAAACUACAGCUUUAAUUUUAUACCUCGUAAAAUGGAACAAAAAUUAAUAAAAAAAAAAAAGAAAGGUAUAAGUUAAGGCUGGCUAGUAAGUGACUUGCUCACUCUGUGUUAACCCGCUUGGCCUGUUGCAAUAGGGCUUCAGUCUAACUGAGCAUCUCUUUAUUAGAUUAAAUUUAAAAGUUUUUGAUAUAUGAACUAUGAAAACCUUUAAUUAAGAAUAAAUUUUGUUAUUUUUUUUUUUAAGUCCUUUGAUAUUUUUCUUAUUGCAUAUUUUUUACAUUUGAUUAACAAGUUUACAUUUUAAAUUUUGCUUAUCAAAUACAAUGGUAAACUAUAUAAGGCAUAUCUAAUGUCAUCUUUCAGUGCAUUGCCGAUAACUAAAAAUAAGUUAAUACUUAUUAGUUAUUUAUAAAAAAAAAGAUCUGGAUGGAAUGUUGUGUGUUUAAAAAACAUAUGUUUUCAGGCUAAUUUGUUAUCUGCCCUCUUGAACCGUCCAAAUUGACAAAAGUAAUAUAGUUAAUGAUACUACUUUUUGCCCAAAUGUGUUAUUUAUCUAUGUUAAAAGCUGAUAUUUUCUUUUAAACGAGCUGAAAGAUAGGUUCUGUUAAUUUUUUUUCAUAUAUUUUAGCGAUUAAGAACGGCAAAGAAAGAAUAAUGUAGUAUUAAAUGAAGUUAAGCUUUGUUAUAGAUUAAGUCAUUUCAUUUAGAGAACAAUUUUAUUUGCAUUUUUUGUACCAAGUUUUUAUUUAUAAAAUAUAUGCUUAUAUAUGUGUAUGUAUAUAUGUAUAUUACAUACAUAGGUAUAGGCUAUUUAUUUAUACUGAAGUGUCAAUAAAUGUGCACAACAUAUACAUAUUAAAUAUAUAAAUAUAUAUAUAAAUAUAUUGGAAGAAAUGAUGUUAUUUUGAAAUAAUGUAAAAUAUUUAUGAAAAAGAUAAAAAAAAAAAAAAAAAAUUAUAAUGAGAGAAGUAAAGGUUUACAUUAUUUUAUAAUGAACUUUUCGACUGAUCCCAAAGUACUUUUUGUACUCCUAAUUUUAUUUUAAAUAAAUGAAUCCAUCUUCCUUGAUAUAUUUUGUGUAUAUUGUCCUCUUGAUAUUAACAUUUGCCAACCUAAGCCAUUGUCAAUAUUUUAGUUUUAAUUAUUUCUGAAAGUAAUUUUUUUUUCCUUAGUUCAUUUUUAUUUAAUUUAAUGUUCCUGAACAAUUUUAAUAAUAAAUUUAAGUUUUAAUAAUAAAUAUUUUUUUUUAAGACCCGUCUGAUUUUUUUAUCUUCAUUUUGUUUAAAGCUUAUUCUAAUCUCAUAAAGGCAAAUAGAAAUAUUACUUUCAAGUCUUGAUUAAUUAGUAAUUUUAAAAGUCACGUUUACAUUGUAUGUAAGGUGUUAGCCUGAUAGCAAUGAAAUAACAAAUAAUUUUUCGUAACCAUAUUUUUUAUUAAUACUGGGUCUGAUAGUACCCAAUCACUGCUUAACCCGCUCUGUGUAUGUCUGGAUCCUUGAUAUUAUACUCCAUGACAAAAUUAUUGAUGAAUACAAUUUUUUAUGGUUAUCGCUAAUUCUAGCGGACAAGACAUUUAAACAUAUUUUACAUUGUAAAAUUGGAUUGAAAAUAAACACAAAAGAACAUUGUCAUAAAACAAUUACUUUCUGUGCUAAAUAAAAAGUCUGCAAAAAUUUUGGGCAGUCUACUUAUAUUGACAAAUUAUCUCAGUAGUUGUUUAAAGCUUGAUUCAAAGGCUUUGAUUGAUAUUAAUUCAGUAUUAUGUUAAUCCAACCUUCUUUAAAACAUUCACCAAUUGUUAUUUACCUAGUUUUUCAUGUAGUUUUCUAUAAUUCAUUUUUUUAGUUCCUCAGAAGAGUUUUGCUGUUUCCCUUGUGCAUAAACUACUUGAGAAAGUUCUCAACAUUUUUGAAAUCUAGUGAUCAUGUAGACCUUAAAAUAUUUUUAGCUCAAACAUUUUUUUUUUUUUUCCUGCACAGAAUAUCAUUUCAGUCUUUCCACUGACCUUAUCCAGAUCCAAACCAGAAUACUUCCUUUAUCCAUUUGACCAUGGCUUAAAAAUAUUUUAUUCUUACAUAUCAAAAUAAUAAUAAUAGUCACUAAAAACCACCAUAUCAUAAGGUUUUUAAUUUAAAUUUUUUUUUUUUUUUGUCCACAAGACAUCACUUUUGGAAGAAAGAAGGUAGUUUUGUUCACGGGUUUUGCCUCAUACGAUAGCUGAAAUUUUUUCAAAAUGAAUUUCAGUUUUUUCUUUUCACUUUUAUUUUUCAAUUCGGACCUGUUAACCACAUUUAUUAACCAUCAGCAUAUGUGUUAAAUAAUGAGAAGAGAAAAAGUUAUAAAACAACUUAAAGAGGCUUGAUAAGUAUGAGGAAAAGCAGUACCAUUUCUGCAGCUUCGAUUUGCUUAAAUAAUUAUGGAAGUUUGUCCUUAGCUGGUUAGAGUAUCAUUUCGACUUAUCAUGGAAUUGUUUAUGGUAUGUCUGUUUGUAUUCUUUCACUCAUGGAAUAGUUUAUGGUAUGUCUGUUUGUAUUCUUUGACUGUCAGGAUGCUUUUGUAAUUAGUCAUAGUAUCUUAGAUCGAAUUUCUUUAUGUGUUAGUUUUGCUAUUCCGUAUAUUCACCAUCUGAAGGUCCAUAGAGGUCUUUGACAGCUCUCGAUGGAAAACUAAAACAUGAUAAGUUCAAUCAUUUAGAAACAUCCCUGUUUGUUUGUCGUUCAAAGUGGAUUUGAAAUCAGAUUUCUUUUUAAUGGUGGAAUAUUCCAUAGUUCUUUGAUAAAGAUGGUCUUCAUAUAAAAAAUUGAAAUGUUAUUCAUUAACGAGUCACAGUUGCAUUAAAAAUUAUAUCUGUAUCAAUACAUCCUAUUGACUAAUGACAUAUCAUUUUCAUAAAAGGUGUCAUCGGUUUAUUGCAUAAAGUCAUUAAGUGACAUUUCAUAAUCAUAAAUAAUUAAGAUGUAGAGAUGGUUGACUGUUGAUAUAAUAUGAGAAGGAGUUAGUCGAGGGUGCGGUCAAAUAAAUAAAAAAUUAAAAUAUAUUAAUUAUUUUAAUUUUUGCCGACGUUUUGACCCACUUUGCAGGUCGUCUUCAGGGCUACAAAAGAUACAAAACAUGUUGAAAAUAAAAAAUAAAUAUAAGUAUAUAUAAAAUAAGAAGAAGUUGUCAGAUACAGAAAUAAAAGAUGGUAUCAGAGAUAUAGUGAACGUUAACGAAUAAAUAAAUGUUAAUCUUAUCUUAUCUUUUAUCGCAAUCUGUUUACUUUUAACUUACAUGCUAUAUUCUCCUUUAUUUUUAUUUUUAUUCCUACUUAUUUUCCAUUUAUUUGUAUCUUCUACAUAUAUAAUUCUUAAUAUUUAACUACAUUGUCACCACUAUAUCUCUGAUACCAUCUUUUAUUUUUGUAUCUGACAACUUCUUCUUAUUUUAUAUAUACUUAUAUUUAUUUUUUAUUUUCAACAUGUUUUGUAUCUUUUGUAGCCCUGAAGACGACCUGCAAAGUGGGUCGAAACGUCGGCAAAAAUUAAAAUAAUUAAUAUAUUUUAAUUUUUUAUUUAUUUGACCACACCCUCGACUAACUCCUUCUCAUAAAUAAUUAAGAAAUUUGAUGAAUUUUCCCUUUGUGAUAUCAGAAAAUUGUGCUCAAUAGUGUAACUGUUUAUGAUAAAUAAAAGGAUUUGUGCCAUUUUCAUUCACUAAUGGUGUUUUUGCCUAGAGAUCAAAUUUUACAAAAACAUUUUUGAAAGUUAACCUAUAUCAAAAUGACAAUAUAUAUGAAGAUGAAUAAUUUACAUAAAUGCUACAUUUUCGAGCAUACUGUUUUUCAGUCAUUAUAAGUAAAUUGCAAUAAAAAGCACUUCACACAGGCACUGAAAUUAGUGCCAUUACACUAAUUACAGUUUCAUGAAGGUUAGUGACAAUCAAUUUGUAAUAAUUAGUUAUGUAACUAACUUACAAAGUCAGUUUUGAAAAUGAGCCAUGAAAGUUAAUUUAUUAACUAAUAAUAAUUUGAUAGGUCAUAGUCAUUUAACGGUCCAAUUAUUUAAAUGAAGAAUUAUGCAAGAAUCAGAUGAGGAAAAAUCAUUUAUUAAUUGGCUUCAUUAUUGAAGAUUAGUCUAUUAAGAAUACUUUUCAUACAAAAAAAAAAAACAACAACUAAGAAAUAGUUGAUUAUAUUUUAUUCAUACAAGAACUACAACAAAUCCACAAUUUUACUAAACGUUUUUCUGUCAGGAAUUUUGGUUUUGAAAAGAGUAGAAUUUUCAACAACCCAAACUGAUCCAGAAGGAGCAUACCGAAUGAGGUAGGUCACAGCACUGCCUACUUUACCAGGCCUGUAAGAACAAAUUAAAAUUAUUUAUUGUUAAUUUUUAAAAGGCAUAGAACUUUAUACUACAACUCCCAGCUCUAGUUGUAUAACAUGAAAUGUCCAACUUUAGAUAUAUAAUAUAUAAAUUUAGAUAGAUAAUACUUUAGAUAGAUAAUAUAUAAAUUUGUACUAUUAAUCAAAAUUAUUAUUGAAAUAAUUCCUUAAGUAGGUUUGAUGUUUUACAAUUUAGAAUUUAAUUUCUAUUCCAGUUACUAAUUGGUGAAUUUUAAUUAUGCUCAAAUAUGUUUUUACUUUCACUUACCUAUAUAUGAAAUAUAUAGUAAAGGGGAAAGUAUUGUUAUCGUGAAAAUUUUUUAAUCUCAGUUUUCAAUGGAAAUACUCAUUUUGAGGUCCCCUGAGUCCAAAUAACCAAUUCCCACAAAAUGGUCUGUGUGUGUGUUAAGUCUAGCUUCGAAAAGAAAAGUCGUACGAAAGUAAAAUUGCAUAUUUAAGAUUUUUAUAAGCUAGGGAUGUUACUUUUUCCUCAAAAUCGACUGACCAGAAGUGGCACUUUAUAUCAUGGGCUAAACACAUUUUUACAAUUUUCUCGGAAACGGCUCUAACGAUUUUGAUUAAAUUCAUCAUAUCAGUGCAAAAUUAAGCAGUUUUAGAUGAAAUGUAGUUUUUAUUCUGAUUGAUGUUCUGUAUCAGAGCUUAAAUAGCUAAUUUUCAAUAUUAGCUUCCUCUAAAGUACCUUUAAUUUUUUUUUAUUUGAAACAAUUGAUUAUUUGACUAUAAUCUCUAAUAUAAAAUAUGAAAGAAUUUGAUAAUUAACCAAAGGAGAAAUAAAAAAUCAACGGAGAAUAGUUGUAAUUGAUCGCACCCAGGCUCGCCCGAAAGAUUAUAACAGGCUUCCAAAUGUCACAUGAGCUUAAUAUAACAUGGACUCCGACAAUAUCAUAUAAAUAUACAUAUGUAGUUUCCAUAGAUGCUAUCGUUGGUAUCAUUUAAUAUUUAAUUGUAUAGAUUACACCGAUAUAAAUAUUAAAAUUUGUAUAUAUAAGGGUAUAAAAUUUGUAUAUAUAUACUUAUACAAAUAAAAAUACCCACAAUGAAAUAUAAAUAAUAAUUUUUACUUUCACAUCUCCUUUGUCUGAAAAUACUUAUUUCUGCUCAUAGGAGGGUGGUAAGUGAAAGUUGUGUGAUGCGUGCACCACACCAGAGUUUUAGUAGUGUAACUCCAAAAAUUAAUAUUUCAUGUGGUACAAGCGAUUAGCUUUUUUCUAGCACUGUGAUUCUUUUCCUUUAUUUUAAUAAUUCCGAUAAACACCCUGUCGUAGGAUAUAUUGGGAGGAUAGAAAAUUUUCAAUAUCCAAAAUUGCAAGCUCAUAUCCCACAACACUUAUGGAGCAAGACCCUCAUUUGGAACAUGAACAGUCUCAAUUUAUCCUUUUUUCUUUCAUGUUUAAUUUAUAAUUUAUUAAUUUAGAAACUAAAAUUUAGAUUAAUAACAAAUCUGGGUUAAUAUUGAUUAUAUUUACUCAUAAUUUUGUCAUAAUAAGUCCUAUGUAUUCUUGUAAAUACUUACUGGAGGUCCAUUUUUUCACUGGGCCAACAAAAACCAGACUUUCCAAAUAUGCCUUGAUGGAAAGUUGAGCUACAUAUAAGCUCUGUUGCACUAACGGAUCCAGGAUUUAAUUUUGGGAGGCUUCUGCCAGAAAGAUUUUUUUUUUUGUAGGUGUAUAUUACGAUAAUUACUUUGGAAGAAAGAAAGAAACUAAGUACAUAUAUGAAAUGGUGUUUAUGUGAUUUUUUACGUCCUAUUAAAUGUAGUUACACCAACAAUAAGACUUUUAGAGAUAAUUUUUUUCAUAAAGCAAUGUUAUAUUUUACCAUUUUGAGGGGGAGGGGCAUCAGCCUGAAAGUGUUCCCCCUUCCCCUCCCUCCUGUAGAUUCGCCUGUGUUCUGCCAAUUGUAAGAAGUAAUGAAAAAAUGUUGUUUUGAUAGAUUUAAAAUUUCUUUUAAUUUGUUGUAGUAUGUUUUUUAAUAUUUAUAUUAAUAAUAUUUUUCAUUAUGCAGGUUUGACCUUUGUUCAUUUUAUUGUGAUUCAUUUGCCUAUUGAUCAGAAAUAAAUUAAUCAAGAUGAAUUAGUCUUUGAUUACAAAUUUCUUUGAACGUUUCGAGGAAAACUUUGUCCCCUUCUUCAGCAAUAUGUUAUUCACCUCAGGAAUUGGGUAAGUCACAAAAUUCAAUGCAAUAAGAUUGGUCAAUGGUUAGGUUUUUUAAUUAAGUACUGUACUAUUGACCAAUUUUAUUGUAUUGAAUAUUGUGACUUAGACAAUUUCCAGGGUGGCAUAACAUAUUGCUGAAGAAGGGUACGAAGAUUUUCUCGAAAUGUUCAAAUAAAUUUGCAAUCAAAGAGUAAUCUUGAUUAACUUAUUUCUGACCAAUAGGCAAAUGAAUCGCAGUAAUAAAAUUUACAAUCUUAACUCUUGUUUCAUUAACCACUUGUUUUUAAUAGUAAACUAAUGAAAUAAAUAAUACGAACGGUUGACGAACUACGCCUUGGUUAUACUGCUUCACUUGAUCGGGCGCUUUAAGUUCCAAGGGAUCGUUGGGAUUGUCCUUUCCAGGGCAGAGACAUACAACUCUAACUCCGUUACUUAGAAAAUGUUCAUGAAA